AUGUUACUAAAAAGUAAAAUUUACACUUUUUUAUCUUUUCUCGUAAUCUGUCUUGAAUGCUCGUACGCAGCACCUAUAACUCAUCCCCCUGUCACUAAUGGCGUUGCCAAAUUCGAAUUACUCGGCGGCACACUUAAAUUUACUCAGAUUGACUCAGAAAAUAUCAAAAUGACGGGUCAAUUCACCAAAGGCCUCACGGAUCCUAAUCCUGCGAAUUAUGGUUUUGCAAUUGGUCCUAUUCCAUUACCUUCCUUCCCUAUAACAAUCGAUCUACCUGGUACUGCUCCUUUUACUACCACUUUUCCCGGAAAUCUUACUAUUCCAGUUGCUCGACAUAUAAAUGUUCUGUUUAAAAACAAUAAUGUAGUUAUGGAUCGAGCAGAGAUUGAUGAG